AUGGUGGCAAUGACAACGGGCAACGCUGAGGAACCAAUUUUGUGCAGAAUGGAGCGCCUUGACAACAUGCUAAGGCAAUUGGAGGAAAUCAGAGGGUGCAAUAAUAGUAAUAAUACGAGGGCAUCACAUUCGCCCAAGAGCAGUUCCUUCGCAUCCACACCUUCGAGGAUGAGCGACGGAGUGGGGCACGUGUCGUCAUCUGCGGAGCUGAUAUCUCCGGAGAGCCUAGAGAAGCACUGCCGUCCGAUGGAGGACGUGAUGAUGGAGACGGACGUGAAGGGGACGCUGAUUGAGAGGCUGGAUCACGUGGAGGGUCGCGUGCUGAAGCUGUGCAUGCAGCUGGAGGAGGAGUUGACGGAGAGCGCCGAGAAGAAGAGAGAUGAGGAGGAGAUCAUGAAGAGGAGUGAGAGAGAGGAGAAGAUCAUCAUCGAUGAGAUUGGAAAGAGUCAGGAUCAAGUCAAGAAGAAGAAAAAGAAGGGGUUAAAGCAACUUAUGAAUCAGUAUCUUAUGGGAAAAAUAUAA